AGAAAUGUAGUUUAGUAGGAUUGUAGCGACGGUGUGUAGUUAAGUAGUAGUUUAAGCCAUUCACUCAUAGGUUUUACCACCGAAAUGGCGAAUAAAGAUGCAAUUUGCUUGGACAGUGAAACAAGCGUUGAUUACUAUGUAACAACUGUUAAUGAAAAUGAACCUAAGAAAUCAGAUUUAUCGGAGAGCAACAACAUUGCCGUUGAACCCCCGACCCCAACUUCACCAAAAAUUGUUGUUUCUGUUGACCGUGCAGGAUGCGUCAAAGUUCGAAAACGAAAGAAGUCAAAACGUCGUAAAAAGAAAUCAAAUUUAGCUUUGGACGAUCUUGCUCUCAAUCAUUCUGAAGAUGAAACCAGGGUGACAUCAUCUGCAUCUGACGCAAGCCAAAACAAAGUUCCUAAACGUUCAAUAUCUCUUAAUGAAAGAGAUCUUGUAAGGAACACUAAAGUGGUAUUUUCCAAAGAUGCUAUCCCAACAGAAACAAAGGUUUCUGUUCCUAAUGGAACCUCACUUCACCAAAAUCAGGAACAGGUCCCAGUAACAUCAGCUCCUGUAAGAAGGCGACCGAAGAAAAAAAGUUCGUUUCGAAACAACAGAAGAGGUUUUAUUGAGGGAAGUAUUAUGACUGGAUCAGAAAAUGCAAUGAGCAGUCAGGAAAACAAUAGACCGCACCAGGACUUUGAAAUGCUUGAUUCCAGCAAUGAUGUCACAAAACUUGAAUAUGAUGUCACAAAGGCGAUCAAGCAGAAAGAUGCGCUCGCAACUCUCACCCUUUUCAUGCAAGAUGUGGAGGAAGCAACCACUGUUGCUAAGCAACAACUUGAGGACAGAAGAAAAGAUCCCAUGCUACGUAGGUCGCGUUCUAUGACAGACAUCCUUGGCGAAAGCGACGUAUACGCUACUGACAGCUGUGACGGGUUACGUCUUAAAUCAGAACCUCCUUUUCCCCACAAGCCUCAAUAUUCACACCAGAAGCAAAUGAGUCUUGACCAGAAGAGCGUGGUUUCCGGAAGUGUCUUUACAUCUGAUCAUGAUGUGUCUGUGGAGGAUGGGAGAGAUCAUCCAGUCCUUACUCCUCAGUCUUCCUCCAGCGGAUCAAAAGAGAAGAGGUCAAGAUCCUUAUACGAUCUAGUAAUGGCUACAGACACAGACGUACUCACAGAAAUUUUGUACAAGAAAGUGUCCCACAAUAAGCAAGGGAAAAUACCGCUGUCACACAUGAACGCACGUCACGAUUCAGACUAUGGACUUGCUCAUUUAGAACAAAUGUGUAAAAUGAUUGAACAAAUUGGAGAUUUAAGAAAACAAAACACUGAACUUAAGAAAACAAUCACCAAUCUUGAACAACAAAUUGUGGAACUAAAAUCAUCGAAAGAUGAAACAACGUCAUAUGACCCAAGACUCAGUUUCCCACCUGUUAUGCACAAGCGUGGUGGUCGUGUGGAUAGAAUCAAAGAUGCUAUUUCAAGGUCACGUCGUUCUAGCAUGGAAAAAGGUCAGUUUGUGUUGGAGCAUGGCACCAUAAGUCAACCUAUGAUGAUAAACCAGUCUGCCGAGCGCAAUGAAAGUUCAUCAGGUGCAACGUUUGGUUCCUCUUUACCCUCAACAGGAUCCCCCCAGCCCCCCACUUCAAACCCCGUCAUAUUCAGCAACAUUAACUUAAAGAAACCAAGAAGGCGUCAAUACGCUCGUGAUGAUUUGGACCUCACUAAAAACCGGUGGAAAUUUUGGAAAGCCCCAGUUAGACAAGCUGAACCAUCCAACUCUAAGAAACAAGUUGUAACUUCUAUCAAAGCAGAGCAUAUGCAGGGUUCAGCAGUUCAUUUAAAAAGUGCAAGUGUCACUCUCGAUUCACUUUUGAAAAAUAUUGACAACGAUUUCAGUCAAAAGAUGAUUACGUGGCAAGCUGCAGCAAAACCUAGCAGAGCGCCAUCUAGAGCAUCAGAGUCAAGUGCCGAACCAAUCAACCGUAACUUACAAUCGAGCUCAUCUGCGGUGUGUCUGCCCUCGAGUGACGAGAGUGUACGUUACAGACAUCAUAGAAACCCAAGUGACUCUGGUUUGGAUCGUAGCAAAGAAAGUUUUAAGAAGAAGUUAAGUCGAUGGGAACGCAAGUUAACGUCACGCAAAAUAUCCUGGCAUGGAGAUUAUAGACGAAGCAAAUCUGUGGAAAGAGUAAAUGAAACAAGUUACAACGAUACACCUCCCCGAUCUUACAGAUUACGAAGUGCAUCAACUACUUUAUUUCAUCAAUCGAUGCCUUGUGUCAACUUACCAGAUGUUGGUGAUGAAGACCAAAACCAAUUGAAAGAAGAUACAGAACCUCUUAAUUCAACUGAAUGGUCAGCAUUACAAGAAGCUUUCCCAACCAACUCAACUCCUGUUAUUAAAACAUCCGCACAUACUGAUCCACUCAGAAGAUUCAUCAGCGCAAGUCAGUCACGGUUGGCUGCUCCGCUUCGGAAGAAGAAUGGGAAGAGACGAAGUUGGUCGUUCGCAAAGAGAGCAACAUCUCAUUAUUAUCUUCCUUCUUCAGGUGACUUUCUGGCAGAAUCGAACGUGGGAGCAGGUUCCCUUGCCAACCAAUUAACUUUGGAACUUGACCAAGAAGAUGUUCAAGCUGUCACUCAAGGUUUAGACAGAGUAAAUGAUGAAGAAAUAAAAUACUUGAACAAAAACACCAAAGAACUUCGUGACAAGUUGAGUGUGAUCGAAAAAGAGUGGCCAACGAAUGCUGGUAAUGGAAAAGCAACACAGAGGCCUGCAUCUUCCAUGGCUCGUUUAAAUGAAGGUCGAAGUGCCCUUUCUUCCCGCCGAUCAAGACCCGUCGCUAUCCUGCGCCUGUCUUCGUGUGAGGCGCUUAAUACUGGUCCGCAAAUGUCGCCCCUGCUAGAAGAAGCUGAAUCAAUAGCAUCUUUCCGUAGCUUGCCGAAUUUUGAUGACAUUGAUUACACCCCUAACGACCCGCAGCGACGGCACACUGUUACCAUUAUAGACGUCAGCCCAAAACUGUCACCUGACGACACUCAGAUGUCCCGCAGUGCUCCAGCCAUUGUAGACGGCUCCGAGCGAACGAUUAAACCUGUAGUUAGCUUCAUAUCUCAACGAACGGCCUCAAAAGUCGACGUCACAUCUACCUCUCCCGUUGAGAAAAGUGUCACGAAAUGGGUUUCCACAUCCAUGUUACACUAUCACGCCAAACCCUUGCUAUCUUCAGACACGGAAAGCCUUCCUGAGCGCAGUCCAAGCAGAAUAUACGAAAAAAGGAGCAAAUUCAGCAAAGGCGGUGUCUUUCGACAUCUGCACAAACUCUCACCGAAGUUUAAGCGACGUGAGAACCAACGAACGGGCAGUGAAACCUCGAAUGCUGAAGACUCUGACGGCGAGCAUACUAGUGGUAGCACAAAGUCAAUAUCCACAAAGCGAAAAUUCAAAAUCCUUCGCUCUUUCCGCCGUUCAAAGUCUAAUACAAAGAAAAAGGAACCACAAGAUCUUGAAGCCGACUCGUCUCCUCUUCCGCCUGUACAAGUACGGAAGCAACAUUUCGAACAAAUUGUUGAAAACAACCGUCGGUACAGUGCCGAAAGCCGAAGCCGAAAGGAUUCGAACAGCCCGACUGCCUUCCGCAAAGGCAUUGUUAGUCGUCUGAGUAAGCGCUUCAGUUCUCGUGCUUCUUUCGAGGAAAAACAAAAAGAAGAAAAAACAGAAAAGAACAGCAAAGGUGUAUUCGCCAAAACAAAAACUUUUUUCGAACCUAAGCCAACACACGAACGAUCUGCUUCCUUUAAUAAACUUGAAACUAACAAUAACAACAACAACAACAACAACGCUAUCAGCAGCUCACCAAAUGCCUUUAGCUUCAUCAGAGCUCCGAAAUUCGAUGUUUUCUUUGUCAUAUAGUAACAUUCAUUCCAGUUGUCCACUGUCGACCACCAAAACCGCCACGAAAAAAAGUUCCAUUCCAAAAUACUGAUCACUGAAAAGUUAAAAAUUCAUAUACUUGCUCAACAGUAAACCUUCUUUAUCGCAACUAACCUAAUUUAACGGAAUCCCUAAUCAGGUCAAGGGCGUGGCUUGGUCCUAAAAAGUACUUUACAGUUUCUCUCCUUUAUAGAUAUAGUAGUUGGGGGGAAGAUGGAAAACCUUUUAAUUCUAUUCCCCCAUCCCAUUUGGUAAUAAACGGAGAAAAUGCAAGGAAUUAUGAAACGGUAUCCUCAAGUAUUUUAUAGACCGUUAUUAAUUGUUUAAAGCAGAAUCAAGAUAUUUUGAUAUCAUGAGCCUUAUCUCCCCUCACCAUACUAUAUAAUAACGUCCUGGACAGUCCACUUUAUUCUUUUCUUGCAUUCAUCGCGACCUACAGCUCUUCUUGCCUUUAUAUCCAUAGCGUUUACCUUAUAGAAGCAAAUCCUGCUGCCUUUGUAUGAGAUACAUUCAAUUGCUGUCGAAUUUCUGAUUACACUGAUCUAUUGCAUCUUUACUGAAGCUUGAUUUCUUGCAUAAAUUUAUUCUAAAUCUUGUAUUACAAUAAAGCCAUCAUUUUUGUG